GCAGCAGAAGAAUGAAGUGUCGGGAAGAGACCGGCUUGUCUCAGUUCAAAUCGGUCUGCAGGCCCCUUAAAUGAGCGGUGGUCUCCCCAAAGAAAGAACUCUCAGCCACCAAGAAAGACCGUGUGAAUCAUUGUCUGACAAUAUGUGAAAACAUAGUGGCACAGUCUCUCAGAAAUUCUCCAGAAUUUCAGAAACUUCUGGGCAUCGCUAUGGAACUUUUUCUGCUGUGCAGUGAUGAUGCGGAGUCAGAUGUCAGGAUGGUGGCUGACGAAUGCCUCAACAAAGUCAUAAAAGCUUUGAUGGAUUCCAAUCUUCCAAGGUUGCAGCUAGAACUCUAUAAGGAAAUUAAAAAGAACGGCGCCCCUCGGAGCCUGCGCGCUGCCCUGUGGAGGUUUGCCGAGCUGGCUCACCUGGUCCGGCCUCAGAAGUGCAGGCCGUACUUGGUGAACCUGUUGCCUUGCCUGACGCGCACGAGCAAGAGACCCGAGGAAUCUGUUCAGGAGACGUUGGCUGCAGCGAUCCCUAAAAUUAUGGCUUCUUUUGGCAACUUUGCGAACGACAAUGAGAUUAAGGUUCUGUUGAAGGCGUUCAUCGCGAACCUGAAGUCCAGCUCCCCGACCGUGCGGCGGACGGCGGCGGGCUCGGCGGUCAGCAUCUGCCAGCACUCCAGGAGGACGCAGUACUUCUACAGCUGGCUGCUCAGCGUGCUCCUAGGUUUGCUGGUCCCCGUGGAGGGGGAGCACCCCACCCUCCUGAUUCUCGGCGUCCUGCUCGCGCUGAGAUACUUGGUGCCCCUGCUGCAGCAGCAGGUCAAGGACACGAGCCUGAAAGGCAGCUUCGGGGUGACGCGGAAAGAGAUGGAGGUCUCUCCCUCGACGGAGCAGCUCGUCCAGGUGUACGAGCUGACUUUGCACUACACCCAACACCAGGACCACAACGUUGUGACUGGGGCCUUGGAACUGCUGCAGCAGCUCCUCCGAACCCCGCCGCCCGAGCUCCUGCGCGUCCUGACCACGGCGGGCGGCGUCCGGCAGCUCGCUGCCGCCAAGGAUGAGCCCGGGGGCCGCAGUCGGAGCGGGAGCAUCGUGGAGCUGAUAGCUGGAGGGGGUUCUUCAUGCAGCCCUGUCCUUUCAAGAAAACAAAAAGGGAAAGUGCUCUUCGGAGAAGCGGCACCCCUGGAGGACGGCUCAGAGUCCAGGUCGGAGGGCAGCAGCCCCGCCUUCUCAGCCUCAGUCAAGGGUGAGGUCGGAGGUGAGCUGGCUGCCUCUUCCGGGGUCUCCACCCCCGGCUCCACCAGCUCAGCGGCCGACUCUGUGGGUCACGACAUUAUCACCGAGCAGCCCCGGUCGCAGCACACGCUUCAGACGGACUCGGUGGAUCUGGCUGCCUGUGACUUGGCGAGCACCGCCACCGACGGGGACGAGGAGGACAUCCUGAGCCACAGCUCCAGCCAGAUGAGCGCUGUCCCUUCCGACCCCGCCAUGGACCUGAACGAUGGGACCCAGGCCUCCUCGCCCAUCAGCGACAGCUCCCAGACCACCACCGAGGGGCCCGAUUCAGCCGUGACCCCUUCCGACAGUUCUGAAAUUGUGUUAGAUGGCACCGACAGCCAGUACCCAGGGAUGCAGGUGGGGCCGAUGCAGGACGAGGAUGAGGACGCUGCUGCCGUUCUUCCUGACGAAGACACGGAGGCUUUCAGAAACUCUUCCAUCGCCCUUCAACAAGCACAUUUGUUGGAGAGCGUGGGCCACGGCAGGCAGGCCUCUGGCAGCAGUGUGGGUACAUUUGUCUCACGAGAGGAAGCUGCCGAACCAGGGGAUCCGGAGAGCAAGCCCUGCCGGAUCAAAGGCGACAUUGGCCAGUCCACUGAUGAGGACUCCGCCCCUCUUGUCCAUUGUGUCCGCCUUCUGUCUGCUUCAUUUUUACUCACAGGGGAAAGAAACGCCUUGGUUCCAGACAGGGACGUGCGGGUCAGCGUGAAGGCCCUGGCCCUCAGCUGCGUUGGAGCCGCCGUGGCCCUUCAUCCUGAAUCUUUUUUCGGCAAACUCUACAGAGCACCGCUGGACACCAUGGAGUACCCUGAGGAGCAGUACGUGUCGGACGUCUUGAACUACAUCGAGCACGGGGACCCGCAGGUCCGAGGAGCCACAGCCAUCCUCUGCGGGACGCUCAUCUGCUCCGUCCUCCGCAGGUGCCGCUUCCACGUGGCGGCCUGGAUGGGCGCCGUCAGAGCCCGGACAGGAAAUGCGUUUUCCCUGGCGGACUGCAUCCCCCUGCUGCAGAAGGCUUUGAAGGACGAAUCCUCGGUGACCUGCAAGUUGGCUUGUGCAGCUGUGAGGCUCUGCGUCGUGAGCCUCUGCAGCAGCAGCUACAGUGCGUGGGGGCUGCAGCUCAUCACCGACUUGCUGGCCCUGCGGAGCAGCGCCUACUGGCUGGUGAGGACGGAGCUUCUGGAGACCGUGGCAGAGAUCGACUUCAGGUUGGUGAGCUUUCUGGAGGCCAAAGCAGAAACGCUGCACAGAGGGGCCCAUCACUACACAGGGCUUUUAAAACUGCAAGAGCGGGUGCUCAAUAAUGUUGUCAUCUAUCUGCUUGGAGAUGAAGACCCCAGGGUGCGGCAUGUUGCUGCCGCUUCGUUGAUGAGGCUCGUCCCAAAGCUGUUUUACAAGUGUGACCAAGGACAGGCUGACCCCGUGGUGGCCGUGGCGAGAGACCAGAGCAGCGUGUAUCUGACGCUCCUCAUGCACGAGACGCAGCCUCCGUCCCACUUCUCCGUCAGCACCGUAACCAG